AUGAAUAUUAUUGAAGAAUAUUUUUGGAAAGCUACGAUGGCUUUUCAAAUGAAUCGUUUAAAUGAAUCUUGUGAAUAUAUUUGCCAAGCUAUUGAACAACAUGAUCAACCACACUUGACAUUAGAACAAUUAGAACUUAUUUGGUGUGUUAUUCCAAAAAUUAUUACAAAUAAUACGAAAUCUAUUGAACAUCUUGUUCAUUAUCAUCAACGUAUGCCAAUUGAAACUGAUGAAUUAUUUGAUCAUUUAAUGCAAUCUUAUGUAAAUCAAAUCGAAGAAAAUCAAGCUAAAUUUUGUUUAAAACUUAUAAAUUGUUUUGAUAAAAAUCUUAUUCAAGAUAACAAUGAUAUUGAUCAUAUACAUCUUCAAUGUCUUCAAUCUGAUUUAUAUCUUCAAUUAUCCUAUAAAAUUAUUAAACGACAAUGA